GACGGCCGGCUGCGCUUGCGUGCGCGUCCUCGUUUCCAUCCGUACGUCGGUCGUGUUUCAGCAACGCACGUACACAAAGGCUCGUCGGUCGGCUCGCCACGAUUUCUCGUCGCGAGCGGAGAGUUUCCCCCGGACUCGGCUCGGCUCGGCUCCGCUCAGCUUCUCGCGCGGCCGCUCGCAGGGAAAGUCGGCGACGUCGACGUACCUCGUCCAGGUGUCAGCCACCCCCGUCGCUCACGUGACGGCCGGAGAGCGCCGGCGACGAGCAAGUCCGAGCACCGGGAUCCUCGCGACGCGGAGGAUCGCGGGAGACGCGCGCGCGGCCCAAAUCCGCUCCGAGUCCGGCGAUUUCGGCGAACACGGCCCGUGGGGUUGCCGUGUGGGAGACCGUGGGUGGAGACCGUGUGUGAUCGAUAGCGGACCGGAGCAACCGUCGCGCCGACGGACCUGCCGAGAGCCGAAGGGAUCUGAUGUGACGCCGUCGUUCCACCGACUCUCUGACGGGGCCGUUUCCUGCGUGUGCGUGUGCUGCAUAAAGGGGACGAGAUGAGGGGUGGCAGCAACGAUAUCCCUGUCAUGGUCACCGUGCCCGCCUCCGCGUCUCUCAACAUCAUGACCAGCGAGGACGCCAUGAGCGACGACGUGUUCGAGGUCGAGGAAAACGGCUCGUCGGGCGACGCGAUGUUCUCCGGCCUAACGCCGGGGACCACGGAGCCAACUCUGACCACAACCCCAUCUCCAACCGGAUAUCGGGAUUACAAACCGCCGGCGGAAGUGUUUACCGAAAAUUACGGCUACCCCACGGCUGCACCCAGGGACUACAUACGCGACAGCCUGGCAAGGACCAAGCAGGAAGAUGCUGCCAUGGCGCACAAGACGAUUCUACUCGGCGACAGCGGAGUUGGCAAGACAUCGCUGUUGGUCCAGUUCGAUACCGGGAGAUUUCAGCUCGGGAACUUCGCAGCCACUGUUGGUAUUGGCUUCACGAACAAAGUGGUCGUCGUCGACGACACUUCCGUCAAGCUCCAGAUAUGGGACACCGCCGGCCAAGAAAGAUUUCGCAGCGUGACGCACGCGUACUACCGAGACGCACACGCACUUUUGUUGCUGUACGACGUGACGAACAAGACCAGUUACGACAACAUCAGGGCCUGGCUGAGUGAAAUUCGGGACCACGCGAGCGAGGACGUUGUCAUCAUGUUGCUAGGAAACAAGUCGGACUGCACGGACCGGGUCAUCAAGAGGGAAGACGGUGAACGGCUAGCGCAAGAGUACAAAGUCCCCUUUAUGGAAACCUCUGCUAAAACCGGCCUCAACGUCGAAUUGGCCUUCCUCGCUGUCGCUAGGGACUUGAAGGCGAAGAAGAGCGACGACCCGGACGACACGAAAUUCAACGUCCAGGAUUACGUUCGUCAGCAAUCGCAGCGGAGUUCCUGCUUCAACUCCAAUUGCCUGACGACCUGAAUUGCGCGUCAGCCUUACGCGCACGUUUCCCGACGAUAGAUCGAGCGGAACGUCGGAACGCGGACCGGAUUUCGUUGGCGGCGAGAAUGGCGCGAAGACGUCGCGGCCGUUUGACUGUUCGUAACAACGACCGGAUGCGAGAAAUCGGUGUCGAAUCUAUUCUAAUCGCCCGAGCACCGACGGGGUAACCAAUUAGCGCACGGGGGGUGGGGGACGAAGCGACAUUCAAAAUUUUCGAUUUAGUCAGAACUUCCGUUUAGACGGGACGCUGCCCCCUAUCGGGACACCGAUAGGUCCGCGAACCUUUUGUCGAUCGGAGCACAAACGACAGGCGCACGAAGAUGAAGAUAUUUUUCGAACAGGGAACACCUAGCAGAUUCUUGUUGACUAUACAUGUAUAGAAAAGAUAUAAACGAAUAUAUAUAUAUUAUAAUCCCUGUACUGUACAUUAAUGUGAAUAGCUUCUCGGGCGAUGCACCGGGCAUAGACUUUAGGAAACGCCUCGAUGGUUCUAACUUGCACUGUGUACAAUCCUUGCGGUGUUGAACGGGAAGUAUACGCGAAAGCUCGUUACAUGUACCAAGUAGAGCGACGGUUUUAGGCGACGCCGUCUCCGUAGAAGAGCUUUCCGCGAACCAUUUACUAGCUGCCACGUUAGCCACACGCGUUCGUAACGAAACGCUCGAUGAAUUUCGAUCCCGAAGCUUCUCCCUCUGGUAGCUUAGAGCACGCGGUUCAUUGAAGUACAUGCAUACUUCGAAUCGGGAACGAUUAUGCGUAGAAUUCUCUGUGUAUGCGUCUCUUAUAGUCGUGCUAAUCGUUUAGAUCGGAAAACUCGGGAGAUCGUACGAUUGUUUUGUCGAAUGUCCAUGGGUUGCUUACAUCGAUCAUCCGGCCACUGGCAACGUUCCCCGCUUGGUGGUCCUCUAAAUGGCGCUACAAUACAUUGUUCGACUAAAUCGGGUUUACAUUCGAACCGUUUCGAUUUUAUACUUUGUAUGGUUUUUAUAACGGCUCGAACCAUGAUUUGCCGACGUGCGUUUAAACAAAAUUGCAAUCGCUCGGAACGUUUAUUUUCCCUUGACCAGCAAGCAUGUCGGUUAUACCCUAACGAACAACGCGCAUGCUAAACGUACAGCAUACGUUCAUCUGCUCUAUGUGUGCGAUCCGUCUGACCGGCGUGUACAGAACGACAAACAGUUGCAUGUCAAGUGUAUUUUGGAGAGUAUAUAGAUAAUAAAUGAUCAUUCGACCAACCA